GUGGCACGGAAAACGUGAACCGAAACGCAUUGACAGUAUUGACAGUAUUGACAGCAGCAAUGAUGAGGCUGCAGAUCGUCCCAAUCCUUUUCUUGCUGAGUGCGCUGGUCAGCGGUCGAGUGCUGGACACUCGGGAAACAGAGCGACGCAUGCACCCGCUCUUCUCGGCGGGAUCAGGAGCUGGCAGUCGACUCAAGCGAGCCAUGCCCAUGAUCGUGUUUGACCCCCUGAAGGCGGAGGAGCAGUACGCCGAGUACUGGCAGGGACUGGCGCAUCAAACCCUCGACCAGCAGCUGGAGAGCAAGCUGCGGCUGAACACCCAGCUGGCCAAGAAUGUGAUGCUAUUUUUGGGCGACGGCAUGUCCAUUCCCACCCUCACGGCGGGACGCGUCUACCUGGGCGGCGAGGAGAAGCAGUUCUCCUUCGAGCAGUUCCCCUAUGUGGGCCUCAGCAAGACCUACUGCGCCAACAUGCAGGUGGCGGACUCCGCCUGCACGGCCACCGCCUACCUCGGCGGAGUGAAGGCCAACUACGGCACGGUGGGCGUGAGUGCGGCCGUACAGGUGAAGGACUGCCUGGCCCAGGCUCAGCCGGCGCACCAUGUGGCCUCCAUUGCCGCGUGGGCCCAGCAACAGGGUAUGGCCACGGGUCUGAUCACCACAACUUCGGUGACGCACGCCUCCCCCGCGGGCAUAUACGCCCACACGGCCAAUCGCAACUGGGAGAACGAUGCAGAAGUCAUAGCGGACAACGGGGAUCCCAGCCUCUGUCCGGACAUUGCCGCCCAGCUGGUGAACAGUCCGAUCGGCCAGAAACUAAAUGUGAUCCUGGGCGGAGGGCGCCAGAACUUCCUGCCCAAGACCGUCAGGGAUGUGAGUGGUGCCCCGGGCCGACGACUCGACGGACGCAAUCUCAUCGAAGAGUGGCAGCGCCAGCACACCAACAGCGCCCACUACGUCCAGACGCGACGCGAACUGCUCGGCCUCUCCAAUCACACCUCUCGGGUGCUCGGCUUGUUUGCGCCCUACCACAUGCCCUACCACCUGGACGCCGAUGCCGAGGAGCAUCCCACGCUGGAGGAGAUGGUGCAGGUGGCCAUGGACAUACUGGAGCGGCAGAGUGCCGGACGGGGCUACUUUCUGUUCGUGGAGGGCGGGCGCAUCGAUCAUGGACACCACGACACCCUGGCCCUGCGCGCCAUCGACGAAACGGCAGAGUUCGACAAGUCCGUGCGUUGGGCUCGGACCCACAGCAGCACCGAUGACACCCUGAUCGUGGUCACAUCGGAUCACUCGCACACCAUGUCGCUGGCGGGCUACUCCAGCCGCAAGAACGACAUCUUCGGGAUCAACAACGGCCAGCUGGCGGCAGACGAUCUGCCGUAUGCAACGCUCAGCUAUGCCAAUGGGCCCGGCUACAACUCCAACUACCUGCGGGAGGGGGGAGCCGUGAAGCGGAAGAACCUGCGGGCCAUCAACAUGAAGAACAAGGACUUUAUGUUCCCCAGCACGGUGCCGCUGGAGUCGGAGACUCAUGGCGGCGAUGAUGUGGCCGUCUUUGCCAGCGGACCCUAUGCCCAGCUCUUCACUGGCGUCUUUGAGCAGCACUUCAUCCCCCAUGCAAUGGGCUAUGCCUCCUGUCUGACCGAGCGAAAUAUGUGCCUGGAUGGGGGCAUGGCGCGGAGACCGCGUUAAGUCGGGACUCUAAGGAAAUACGGUAUUAUUCUCAAAAUAAGAGCAUUCUCUAGGCUAAUUAAUAAUCUAAGGGGAGGGAUACUUAAAUAUACACUACAUAUUUGAAAACUGAA